AAUCAUUGGAAUAGUUACAGUUAUCUAUCCCAAUGAAGUUGCAAAUGAUCGUGUUGACAUAAAUAUUUUACAAAAACGAGAAUUUAGAACAUUGGUUACAGAAUUUGUUAUUACAAGCUCAUAUACUACACAUUUUAAAGUGACAUCAUGUUCACCAACACCACAACCAAAAUGUUGUAACGCUAUGCACCGGUGUGCAGAUGAUUAUUACAAAGAACCAUGUUGUACCGACAAACCAUUAUCAUUUUGUAAACAACCAGAAAAACCAUGUUGUAACGAUAAGAACAGGUGUAAAGAUGCUUCUUACAAAGAACAAUGUUGUUACGAUAAUCCAACAUCAUUUUGUAGCAAGGAACAAGUACCACCAGCACCACCAAACAAAACAUGUUGUGAGAAUACGUACACAUACACGCACAAUCCACCACCGCCGCACAAAACAUCAAAUCACCCACCACCGUCGCACUAUACACAUCCACUACCACAUCCACCACCACAUCCACCACAUCACGAUCCACCACCACAUCACGAUCCACCACCACAUCCACCACCACAUCCACCACCACAUCACGAUCCACCAUCACAUCCACCACCACAUCACGAUCCACCACCACAUCCACCAUCACAUCACAAUCCAUCACAACGUCCGCACAAACAACGGGCAAAACCGAGGAAAAUAGCAUCCAAACCUGAAAAAACGGCAGUACCACGUUCUGCAGAAUUUAUGCUAGUAAAACGACAAGGCGAUACAUUAAUACAACAAAAAGUUGGAUUUUUCUGCUGGGUUACAAAUCAUACAUCCAUUGUACAUACCGUAACUACUAUAUAUAAAACUUUUGUAACAUAUAUAUCAGAACAACAACCAGCGCCACCAGGACCAACGCCAACAUCGCAAUUAUCAGAACUGCCAUCAUCAGGAACGCCACAAUCAGAAUCGCCGACACCAAUAAUAUCAUCACAACCGACAUCAAAUUUACAAACAUCAGAUUCGUCAUCUUAUUCAUCAUCAGCUCCAUCUUCAUUAACGACAUCUUUAUCAGAAAAACCACCAUCUUCAUUAACGCCAUCUUUAUCAGAAAAAUCACCAUCUAUGCCAUCACCACCAAGUAUAAACAGGUAA